GGGAAUAUCUCAAUUCUGUUCUCCCCGUGUCCUCUCCUUGAUCCUUGUCUCCUUCUUAAAACCCACUAGAUGAGAAAGUCAAAGAUCCCGCCCAUCAGACCUUCUCGUCCAAUUGGUUUUGAGGAGACAAAGGGAGAGGUUGCGAGGAGUACAUUAUUGAGAUCUUCCUGUAGUCUAGUGGACACACGUUCACACCCGCUCGGGGGAACAGGGAAAUGCGCCAGAGCCAUUUUUUACAUGGCACUCGGUUUUGAAUCUGACCGAAUUGAAUCAAAGUGAUUUGAUUGAACUGGAUCGGAUUAAUUGGACUAAUAUGGACCCUUACUGAGUGAUUGGGAUUGGAUCAAGAUCUGUUUAUCUAUGGGAUGAGGUGCUUGGGUUCAGUAUGGAAAAGAUGGGCCUAAUGGAAAUAAUAUUUGUGACUUUCAACCACAAUGUCACCUUCCUGGGGAAGACCUGGCUGAUCUUGACUCUGGUCCUGAGGCUGUUCGUCCUGCUGUUCUCUGGCUAUCCGCUCUUCCGGGACGAACAGGAGCGCUUUGUGUGCAACACCAUCCAGCCGGGCUGCACCAACGUCUGCUUCGACCGCUUCGCGCCCCUCUCCCUCUUCCGCUUCUGGCUCUUCCAACUCAUCCUGCUCUAUAUCCCUCACAUUAUGUUUGUGGCUUAUAUUAUCCAUAAACUAUCAUCGACUCUUCGUGUCUUUGGCAGCGGAAGCCAGGCAGGCCCUGUGUUCACGCCUCCUCAACAAGCUCCACCGAAAAGGGUGCCUGACUUUUUAUCCGCUUACCUAUUGGACCUGGUGCUGCGUAUUUUCCUGGAGGCAGCAUUCGGUGCAGGCCAGUACUACCUCUAUGGCUUUUCUGUCCCCAGGAGCUUCCAGUGCUAUGAGUCCCCCUGUACCUCUAUGGUGGAGUGCUAUGUGGCGAGACCCACAGAGAAGACCAUCAUGCUCAACUUCAUGCUGGCCGCUGCCUCCCUGUCGCUCCUGGUGAAUCUGUCCGACUUGGUGUGCUCCGUGCGGCGCGUGGCGAGGCGGGGGAGGAGGAGAAGGGAGCCUGGAGGGGAGCUGAAGAACGAGGGCGCCCUGUUUGCGACCGGAAGGGUUGGGGAGGACACAGAGGUCCUAUACAACCAGAACCACACCCCCCCCAAAACAGUCCUCAAGCGAGGGCCGGGUCACUCCGACAAGCCCGCCUCCAGCUGUUACCCGAACGGCGACUUCUCGCACGGACGAGUCCGGAUAAACAACGACACCCGCGUCAGGUCGGGUGGCCCGAACCUGCUGGGGAGCAGGCCGCCGUGGAGGGAAGCGAAGGUUGAUCCGACACCGCCGCUUCAGCCUCUGCCAAUGGGUGCCCCGUCGAGCGGUCACUUUGUCCAUCCCAAAAACAUCUCCCGUACAUCUCCCCUCCCUGUAUCCCGGCGGGUAGAGAGAGACCCGGCGGUUCUGUCUCGGCUGUCUACCCCCUCGCCAUUGUACAGUAGUCAGAGGCACCGACGCCACACGGUGGUUGAUACAACACUCGUUGAGCAACGUUCUGACAGCGCGGAGUCCCGGGAUAGGCUCCAGGAAGACAUGAACAUGCAGGAAGUGGGGAUAAGAGGAUCCUCCAGCACCUCCACUGAUUCUUCCUCUUCAUCAGAUCCUGAAUAAUGUUAUACAGUUAUUUCAUUACAGUAUUCCGCAAAAAGUCUUAGGCCAUCUGAAACUUUUUUUAUUCUAUUUUUCUGGAUAGUAAAUAUUUGCUCAUAAAAACACAAUAAAUAUUAAUAUUAAUACAAUAAAAACUUUUAAAAAACGUCUAGUGUUGUAAAAAAGGUUAUUGAUAUCUUGAGAUUAAACAGAUUUGAAGAAAGUUGGCAAGUUGAAGGAAGAUGUCUGACAACAAAUGGCCAUCAUUAACUGAACUGGAGAAACUUUAUCUUUCUGCAUGAUAAUGACCCCAAGCACUGCAAAGACAAUCAAGACCUUAUCGGAGCAGAGGUCUGCAGGUGAAACACACAAAGUAUUAGAUUGGCCACCUCAGAGCCCAGACCAGAAAAUAAUUGAAGCUGUGGGACCACUUGGACAGAGGAAAGGACAAAAGAAAAGAAAUGGCAAAUCCUGUAAAAUGCUCAGAAGAACUGGACCACUUGAAAACAGGACAUUUAUACCAAACCAAGUUGCCUUCAUUUUGCAUUAUAAGGUCAGAGUAAAAUACUGAGUUUGAAAACACACAUUCUUACUGUAUUCAUAUUUCUUUGUGUUUACUUCAAUGUUACAGUGUUCAAUACAGUGUUUGUUUGAACAAAUAUACACUGAUCAGAUUAUUGGCUUUGAACAAUUUUCUGAGAUGGCCAAAGUCUUAAUAUUGUAGUUCUAUGCUAGGCCAUAAUGGAUCCUGGGCCGCCUCCAGGCAUAAGUGACAUAAGCAGUCGCUUAGGGCCCCCAACUGCCAGGGGACCUCCAACUGCUAGGGAGACCUCGACUGAUAGGAGAGAGGGGGCCCCAAAUUUAAUUUUGCUUAGGGCCCCCAAAAGGCUAGAGCCGGCACUGAAUGCAACAAUGGCAAAGCUGUCUUUUGUACUUGUGAACACAUUCUGUGUGCGGCAUUGUUUGUGUUAGCUAACACAGUGAGAAUAAAAGAUUCAAACAAUCCCAGUGAGUUGACUUUGAAGAACAACGCUAGCCACAGCUGCCGUUCCAAUCCACACCAUUCGGUUCAACUGUUCACCAACAACAGUCAGAAAAGACUGACUUGGCCCAAUCAAACCGAAGUCAAGACUAAUUCAAAAACAGAGGAUAGCAAAGGAACAUAAUCUACUCCUCUGCUUUGGCCUCCAAGAAAACCAUAGACCUCCUCACUUAGAACAUCUGGUAUGAGACUAUCUCAGUCAGGAACAAGGUUGGACUGACAUCCAAGAAAACCAUAGACCUCCUCACUUAGAACAUCUCAGUCAGGGACAAGGUUGAACUGACACAAUGAUCAAUGCUUACAAAAGCAAAUUUAAAACGGACUUUUGAUCUUCAGUGAUAACACCCCCAACCCCCCACUAGUUCGUCAGAGAAGAAAAGGAGCUACUUGUAUGGAAGAAGGAACACAAGCGACCCCUUCAUCCCCACCUCAAUGACCCUCCCACCUGACCUGUAAAUGAUUUGUGUGUGAUGGGUGUUUUUGCUAUUUUUAAGCAUUCUUUGUCAAAAUGAUGUGCAAGGCCUUCAUACUUUAGUCCAAUCCCAAAUGUAACCCUAGGCACUACAUACGAUGAGCAUGGAUUUAAUACAUGUAAACACCAUCCACUUGCUAGUGGGAUCUGUGGAAGUUUCAUUAUGUUGAUAACGCCUGCCAAAAUCUCUCAGAUCUCCACAACAGCAUUUGUAAACCAUAGUGUCUAAUCUACAGGUCCAUCUGAGAUUGGGUUGUGUAGCUGUUGUUUAGUAUUGCCUACAUUCUUGAUUUUUCAUUGUAGGCCUACACUGUUUUUUACUUAAUAUAAAUGAUUGACUAAAAUGUAAGCGCAAUUUGCCAGUCAUGGAUAGAUGUAUGUUAUCUGUUUUAAAGUGAUCGCUAAUACAAUUUAACAUUUUACACAUUGUGUUGUCAACAAGUGCCUUAUUGUAAAUUGGCUAAAACCACAAAGGAUGGUGCAUCCUCUAGAUGCCAUUGUCCCACACUCCCUCGAGUGGUAGAUAUAUGAAAGUGCAGAGACAAGCAAGGACAUAAGCCAGAGAUGAGAAAUGUAAAGUAUAUUGCCUGUGUAUGUUUUUCUCCUUGACAUAUCAAUUAUACUUUAAUAAUUUAACUUAUUUCCAAUCAUUCUGUUAUUCUCAGAAGGUGUUUUGUAAGCAUGAUGUUCGGUUUUAGAUUUGAAAUACUACAACAGUGAACAUAACCUUGUACUCAACCAUUGAUCCACUGUUCCAGUGUGUUCCAAAUGGCACCUAUAUAGUACACUACUUUUUACCAGACCCCUGGUCAUUAUAAAACAAACCAACUCGCACUUAUAUCUCAUGGGAGAAAGAAACUAAAGAAUUGAGUCAGAGAUUGCUGCAUUGAGCCUAGCGAAACAUCAGAAAGAUUUCAGAAAGAUAUUGACUCUCAGUCCUUCUCACCUUUCAAACACAUCUAUAGGAUGAUAUACUUGUUGUCCCUAGUGAUAGAAAAAAAAUCUAUUCUCACUCCUUUGAUGUUAGCGUCAAAGUAAAUGUACCGAUAAUAAAUAUAACUUAAUAUACCGCACCAUUCCCAGCAGCAAGCCUACAUAGUAAUA